UUCCUUAAAACUCUGAACUUCGAGAAAGAAAGCAAUCGGAAGAUUAGGAACAGGAAUCUUCGCCAACGAGUUCAACAAGAUAUGUCAGCAUACGAGGAGAGUUUAGAGACGCGUAGAGAGAAGCUGCGCGAUCUCGUAUUAAACGAGGAGGCGGAUCUAACGAGAGAGAUCGUGGAGGAGGCUCAGCGGAGUGAAGACGCUCGAUCGAAAGAGGCGCGUUCGAGAGCGGAAGAAUUGAGAAAGCGGAAGGAAGAGGAACACGAAUCGCUGGUAGCCGCGAAACGAAUGCAACAGUAUCUAGCCUCGUAUCCGGAUGUCAAGCAAGAGCUCUCGAAGAGAUGCGCGAUCGAUGCGAAGCAAUGUAAUUUGGCGCAAAUGGCGGAUAACGAAGCGAGGAGAUUAGCGGAAAAGGAACUGGACGGUCUGUGGCGCAAGGUGAUGCUGAAGGAGCUCGAGAUGAUGAAGCACAGAGAGGCGGAAGAGUCGGAGAGACGAGUCUUAGCUCGGCGGGAAACGGUGUCCGCUUUGGCCCAACAAGUGGCGGACAGAUUGGCGCUGGAAGAAGAAAGGAAGCGAAUGGAAAAGAGCGAGCAGGAGCAUCUAGAGCGGCUUUGGGAGGACGUGCGUCAGGCGGAAUUGCGGAAUCUCGAGACGGAGCGGCAGAAGCGGGAAAUUCUCAAGAGAGAGUUCGAGGAGCAGAUCCUGCUGGCGAAGAGGCGCCUCGCCGAGCGCGCGCGCGAGGAGGCCGAGGCGGAUCGCGCGUAUAAAGCGAUGGCCGAGGAAGAGCUGGCCGAGGAGAAGGCACGCGCGAAAGGGAACACCGCGGCACUGCGGAUGGAGUUGCUUGCCUAUCUGAAGUAUUUGGAGGAUCUGCGGCGGGAAGAGGUGAAACGUCAAUUGGAGGUGGAGGCCAUCGUGCGACAGUCGCGCGAGGACGUCGACGCGAGGCGCGAGCUCGCGCUCAGGAAAUUCAAAGAAGCUCGUCAACGAGCCAUGCGGCAAGUUCUUCGCGGUCGGGAGGAGCAGUUGCGGGCGAAGCGGGAGGCGGGGGAGGAGGAACGACGGCUGAAAGCGGAGGAGCGAGAGGCACUCGAGAGGCAGAUCGAGAUGGACGCUAACUUGACCGCGAUGGAACAGAAAGAGAGCAGACAAAGGGUGCUUCGUUACGGGCUGGAGUUGAAGAAGCAGCAGAAUUACGUCGAGACGAUGAGACGCUGCGAAUUGGAGGAGGACCGCAGGCACCAUCGCGCCGAGAUAAAGAGACAGGCGGAGGAGUAUCAGCGACUCACGAACGUACUAUUGAACGCUUCCGAAAACAUCACGCCGCAUCCAUUUAAAGUCCUCUUGAAGGAGUGCGCCGCUCGUCACGCGGCGGAGCGAAAAGGACGUUGUUACUGUCCUCCGGCUUUAACUUCCGUGUAA